UUGUGGAUCCUCUUACAGUAAUUGAUAUGGAAUUUAUUGUCAGUACUUUGUUUCCAGCCAUUGACAAAACUAUUGUUAAGAAAAUGGUCGUUUAUAAUAACCAAAUUGAUCACGAAGUGACUGUUGAGAAGAAAUGGGGCCAAAAAGGAGGACCCUGGGAGUUCAACCUCCGGGAUCUUUUCCGCUGGUGUCAGUUGAUGCUCAUCGACCAGUCCCCUGGUUAUUACGAUCCUGGCCAGCAUGUGUUUUUGGUCUAUGGGAAGAGGAUGAGACCCCGGGAAGACAAAGAAAAGGUCAUUGGUGUAUUCAGGGAUGUAUUUGGUUCAAAUUCUACUCCAUACCUGGGGACCAGACUGUUUCAUAUCACUCCCUAUGAUGUCCAGCUGGGCUGCUCAGUUCUUUCCCGGGGCACCUAUGUCCCUCACCCAUCACGCAGACCCCUGUCACUCCUGCAUCAGUCAUUCCAGUCAUUGGAGCCGAUCAUGAAGUGUGUACAGAUGAGCUGGAUGGUCAUCCUUGUGGGGCCAGCCUCGGUGGGCAAGACCUGCCUGGUCCAGCUUCUUGCACACCUGACUGGUCACCCACUACAGAUCAUGGCUAUGAACAGUGCAGUCUACACCACGGAGCUUCUGGGUGGAUUUGAGCAGGUUGAUCUUAGGCGACCUUGGAAGCAGCUGCUGGAGAAGGUGGAAGACACAGUGAGGGCACUGCUGCGGGACAGCUUCCUGAUCAGUACUGAUGAUGCUGAGGUCGUGCUGCGAGCCUGGAGUCACUUCCUCCUGACAUACAAGCCUCAGUGUUUUGAAGAUGAUGGCAAAGGCAUCACAAUGGAGACUGUCAAUAAGCUGGAAGCAGUGUUACUGCUCAUGCAGCGGCUUAACAAUAAGAUCAACUCUUACUCCAAGGCAGAGUUUGCCAGGCUUGUGGAAGACUCCCGAAGUUUUGGGGUGAAGCUUAUGCAGUCAGCCAGUGGCUGUAGCCAGGGCACUUUUGAAUGGGUAGACAGCAUGUUGGUGCAGGCCCUGAAGUCUGGAGACUGGCUGCUGCUGGACAACGUUAACUUCUGCAACCCAUCAGUGCUGGAUCAUUUGAAUGCGUUGCUUGAGCCUGGAGGUGUCCUCACUGUUAGUGAGAGAGGAAUAGUAGAUGGAUCUAUUCCCAUGAUAACAUCACAUCCCAAUUUCAGGUAUUCGUAA